AAUAGUGAUAUCGAAGAUGAUACUGGUGACGAUGCUAAGUCUGUUCGAACAACAGAUGAAAACAAAAAGCAAAACCACAGCGAAAUUGAAAAGCGUCGGCGUGAUAAAAUGAACACCUACAUCACCGAGCUGUCGGCGAUGAUUCCCAUGUGCCAUGCCAUGUCCCGGAAGCUGGACAAGCUGACGGUUCUUCGGAUGGCCGUGCAGCACCUGAAAACGAUACGGGGGGCCGUACAUUCGUACACCGAAGGCCACUACAAGCCGGCCUUCCUCUCCGAUCAGGAGCUAAAAAUGUUGAUCCUGCAGGCGGCCGAGGGUUUCCUGUUUGUGGUGGGCUGUGAUCGAGGCAGGAUUCUGUAUGUGUCGGAGUCUGUCUCGCAAGUACUGAACUAUUCUCAGGGUGAUUUGCUGGGUCAAAGUUGGUUCGAUAUUCUCCAUCCUAAGGAUGUGGCAAAGGUCAAGGAGCAACUGUCCUCUUCGGAUCUAAGUCCGAGGGAACGAUUAAUAGAUGCCAAAACGAUGCUUCCGGUUAAAACGGAUGUCCCACAAGGUGUGACGAGGUUGUGUCCGGGCGCCAGGCGUUCGUUCUUCUGUCGAAUGAAGUGCAAGACGAGUAUCCAGGUGAAGGAGGAAGCCGAAUCCAACGGUUCGGCGUCCAGCUGCCAUCGAAGGAAAAACAAAGUCAAUUCAGACAAGAAAUAUUCGGUUAUCCAAUGCACUGGCUACCUGGCUCCGGCAAAAAUCGGCCUAGAAGAGCACGAAACCGACGGUGAAGGUGAAUCAUGCAAUCUGUCCUGCCUGGUAGCCGUAGGCCGAGUCCAGCCUAGUCUUUUCCAGAGCCAAAUCUCCAGCAACGGAAACCUCACCAACCGUCGCCCUACGGUGGACGGUAGCAGCGGUAACAACGCAUCCACCGGAACCAACGGUUGCAAGGGCUUCAACCGAAACAACAUUCCAAACCUGAGAAAUGUACAAUUCAUAUCGCGCCAUGCGAUGGACGGCAAGUUCCUAUUCGUGGACCAACGGGCCACCCUGGUACUGGGAUUCCUUCCGCAGGAGCUUCUGGGCACCAGCAUGUACGAGUACUAUCACCACGAGGACAUUCCUGCUCUGGCCGAGUCACAUAAGGCGGCUCUACAGGGAAAUCAAUGCGUGACGACUCCGGUCUACAGGUUACGAACCAAAGAGAAUGGAUUUGUGCGGCUGCAAAGCGAGUGGAAAUCCUUUCGCAAUCCUUGGACGAAGGAGAUCGAGUAUCUGAUAGCGAAAAAUAACGUUAUCCUGGUGGAUUUGGCUGAAGGAACUGGUGGAAGCUACGGGGCAACGAAUGCUUCCGUACAAAGCAGAUGCAACGGGAGUGGAGGCAACGAGAUCAGCGACGGCAACAACAACGAAAGUAACGGACAAAGUACGGUUGGAUAUGAAAUUUUUAACCAUUCAAACGGCCGUGAAAUACAACGAAUGAUAAACUCUCAUGUGGAAGCUAGCAAAAUAGGACGUCAAAUAGCGGAGCAGGUUCUGGACCACCAACGGAGAAUAGGAGAUUCGUCUUCAGGUUGGUACUUUGGAACUUUAAAACUACACCCUACUAGAAAAUUACAUCAAUACGUGUAA